AUUUGGAAGAGUGUUCGAUUGCGGGUAGCGGUAUGCAUUGCUUUGGCACUUACGAUCGAAGGUCUCAUGAGAAGCAACUUGAAUAUGGCGAUGGUUUGCAUGUUGAACGAGACAGCAAUCGCUGAGGGAAGACCAGCUAAAAGCAUAAACGAGUCUUUGGGAGUAGCGAAGUGCGAAGUGCUCAAAUUUGGCAACGAAAAGGUCUAUGAGUAUUCCGGCGAUCUAACAUGGACUUCUCAACAACGCGCAGUGAUCUUUGCAUCGUUCUAUGCCGGCGGUCUUCUAGCUACCCUCGUCACUGAGAACCUGAAUCGUUGGAUGGGCGCAAAACGACUUGUUCUCUACGGUGCCAUCAUCAAUGUUGUGGGAACGUUUGCUACACCGACGGUAGCCAGCUAUUUAGGAGCCGUUCCAAUGGUCAUCCUACGAUUUGUUAUGGGUUUUGGACAGGGUCUGCUCUGGCCGUGUAUGAGUGUCCUUGUGGGUCAUUGGUUCCCUCCAACUGAAAAGAGUACGGCUUUGGCUAUCGCUACAACAGGAAACCAGCUCUCUGUUGUGAUUGCGAUGUUUGCAACCGCUGAAUUGUGUCAAGUGCCAUUCAUGGGCGGAUGGCCUAUGGCUUUUCAUGUAUACGGCGUUCUCGGCGUUCUACUCUGUAUUCUUUGGCAAGUGUUUGUCGCCGAUGAUCCCGCAAACGCCAGAGGAAUCACUAACGAAGAAAUCCAAGUCAUUACGGAUUCUGCCGGCCGGCGGCCUCGCCGUGCCAAUUGGGCACAACUGCUGUCAUCGCCAGUGGUUUGGUCGAUUGCUGGCAGUGCUUUUGCUCACAAUUUCAUUACCGUAGGAACGGUCACCUACCUUCCUUUGUAUUACAAAACUGUCUUGAACAUGAGCUUAACGUCGAACGGGAUCCUUUCUGCACUGCCGUUCAUCUGCCAAUUUGUAUCCAAGAUCGUCUACGCCGGCUUUGCCGAUGAGUCGAAAAAACGAAGUUGGAUGGGAUUCACCAGCGUCACCAAAGCAUGCAAUUCCAGUGCAUCCCUCGGACUAGCCAUUUGUUUCGGCUUAUUGUGUUUCUGUGACUGCACAUACAGAUGGACAGCCGUGUUUUUGAUCUGUUUGGCUAUGGCCUUCAUAUCGGGAUAUAUCCCGGGUUAUAAUACAAGUGUUGUAUCAAUUGCUCCUUCACAAACAGCCGCUAUAGCAGCUUUCAGUCGAAUUUGGGCGCAGAUCGCUUCAUCUCUGGCUCCUUAUGAAAUCGGUGCCCUCACAAAACAGGGUAUCUUGGAAGAAUGGCAAAUCGUUUUUCUAACGAUUGUGGUUAUCUGCACCAUAACCGGCCUUUUCUUUCAAAUAUCCGGUUCAGGUAAUUCUUUUUUGAGAUGUCAUAACUUUCGUUUCCCUAGCUACGGGUGCGUCUACGACUGGUUCCAAAACGAUCUACUAAAAAUACCCGGCUUAAUCACAGAAAGUCCUACCUUUGCAGCAAUAAAGUUGUAUUUUUAG